AAAAUUCGAAAAAUCCACUUGUCGCAAGCCCCCCGAACCCACUAAAGCGGCCCAGCCGAAAGGACAGCCGUCUUCUUCUCGUCGCCAGAGGCUUUCCACGGACAAGGCCUGCUGCAAGUGAAGGGGCGAUUCGCGAGAGAAUUUAUAAAUAUGGGUACGGCAGAUUGCAGAAUCCAGUGAAUCCGAAUAGGUGUUGGUGUGAGAGAGCGGUCGACGUUCCAGCAGAAAAUGAGACACAACUUGGUCCUCCUCCUCGUCCUGGCCUCCAUCUUGGCCCUUUGCUCGGCCCGCCCCGCCGACCCAGACUACGCCGACUACGACGAGCCGCCGCCGCCGCCCCCGAAAAAGGUCUCCCGGCCGCUGACGGGCAGGAGAAGCCCGCUGGCGGGGGGCAGGAGCGGGGGCAAGACAACCGCCUCUACUACUACGACGACGCCUGCGCCGAAGGCACUGGAAGAAGAAGACGUCGAAGAAGCAGACUACGAAGAUGAGAUACCACAAGAAACGAGUUCGACCACAGAAGCGCCUAAGAAAUUCAUCAAAGGAGUAGUGAGGUCCUUCAGAAGCAACGAUGACCUUUUGGCCGCCUUGAAAAGGAGGAGAGAACAAGUAGUUAGCAACAAACCGUCCAAACCGGUCCAGCACACCGAAGAGGACGCCGCUCCCGCCCCUGCUCCCGCCGAGAGGGAGGCGCCCAAACGACCGUCCUCCCCGUCUUCGGGCAGAAGAGGGCGCUUCGGCUCCAGCAAGGAGAAGAGCGCCGAGCCGGCCGAGGAAGCAUCGUCUACAGCGACGCCAUCUAGAACGGGCAGGAGGUUUCACUCGAAAAGUUGA